UCUCUGAGGAAUAUUACAACCUACAAACAUUAACAAUGUGCAGCCCACAUGUUGUUGCUCUACCUUAUCCUGCACAAGGCCAUGUUAUUCCUUUACUGGAACUCUCACAACGCUUGGUUCAGCAUGGCUUCAGAAUCACCUUUGUCAACACAGAAUUCAAUCACACAAGAGUCAUGAAUGCGCUAGAAGAAAAGCAUGCUAUAGGUGAUCAAAUCCGCUUGGUAACGCUCCCGGAUGGAGUGGAAGAAGGGGAGGAUAGAAAUGACUUGGGGAAGUUAACUGAAGCGAUUCUCCGCGUCAUGCCUGGAAAGCUGGAGAAGCUCAUUGAAGAUAUCAACAGAGAAGACGGUGAUAAGGUCAGUUGUAUUCUUGUUGAUGGGAGUAUGGGAUGGGGUGUUGAAGUAGCAGAAAAGAUGAAAAUCAAGGCGGUUGUCUUUUGGACUCCAGCAGCAGGACUACUGGCCAUGUCUUUCAGUGUCGCAAAGUUGAUGGAUGACGGAAUCAUUGACAAAGAUGGAACUCCAAUCAAAAAACAGAUGAUCCAAUUAGCUCCAGGCAUGCCCACAUUCAACAGCGCAAACUUUGUUUGGGCAUGCAUUGGCGGCUCAACCGCACAGAAAAUCAUCUUUAAUAUUACGGUUGAAAACAAUGAAUAUCUGAAAAAGGCAGAAUUCCUGAUUUGUAACUCAACAUUUGACCUUGAGCCUGCAGCAUUCACGUUGGUUCCCCAACUUCUUCCAAUAGGACCACUUUUAGCAAGCAGUCACCUAGGAAAUUCUGCAGGAUACUUUUGGCCCGAAGACUCAACUUGCUUGAAAUGGCUUGACCAACAGCCGCCCCAAUCAGUCAUUUAUGUUGCAUUUGGCAGCUUCACAGUUUUUGACCAAUCCCAAUUCCAGGAAUUAGCUCUAGGACUGGAACUCACCAAUAGGCCAUUCCUGUGGGUUGUGAGGCCAGACAUUACUGAUGCUGCAAAUGAAGCCUACCCAAAAGGUUUUCAAGAAAGGGUCGCCGUGCGUGGCCAAAUGAUCGGUUGGGCCCCGCAACAGAAGGUUCUGAGUCACCCUUCUGUUGCCUGUUUUAUGAGCCAUUGUGGUUGGAAUUCCGCCAUGGAAGGUGUAAGCAAUGGAGUCCCUUUCUUGUGCUGGCCAUACUUUGCUGACCAAUUUCUUAAUGAGAGCUACAUUUGUGAUGUUUGGAAGGUGGGAUUAAAGUUUAGCAAAAACAAAAGUGGGAUCAUCACACGAGAAGAAAUCAAGAACAAGGUGGACCAAGUGCUUGGUGACGAAAGUUAUAAAGAAAGAGUUCUGAAACUCCAGGAAAUAACCAUGGAUGGUGUCAGAGAAGGUGGUCAGUCCAACAAGAAUUUUAAGAAUUUCCUGGAUUGGAUCAAGGCAUAAGGGAUCAUAUUUUGCAAAAUGUAACAAUUUGUUUUACUUUCUUAAAGAAUCGACAAGAUCAAUUUUCAUAUCCUCCUUUAAAGUGUUAAAAAAAUUAAAAAGUGUUU